GGUUUCUUUCUACAGCUCCAUUUUCAGUCCGGGAGCACACAUUACUCUGCGUACAAAACGAUUGAACACCAGAUUGCAAUUCAGUACCUGCAGAUGAAAUGGCCACUGCUUGAUGUCCAGGCGGGGACUCUCCAGAGCAGACAAGCCCUCAAGGAUGCCCGCUCUCCAUCGCCAGCCCACAUCGUUCAAUGCCCCCUCCCUUGCUGCACUCAGGGACAUGACUGUCAGCACCUCUACCCCCCCUCAGACUUCACUGUCAGCACUCAAGUCUUCAGGGACAUGCAAAGGAGCCACUCCUUACAAAAGGUUGGGGAGCCCUGGUGUUUGGAGUCGAACAAAGUGCCGGUCGUGCAGCACCCUCACCAUGUCCACCCUCUCACGCCUCUCAUCACGUACAGCAAUGAACACUUCACCCCGGGAAACCCGCCUCCACACUUGCCAGCUGACGUAGACCCCAAAACAGGAAUCCCACGGCCUCCGCACCCUCCAGACAUAUCUCCGUACUACCCGCUGUCGCCCGGCACCGUGGGACAAAUCCCCCAUCCGCUAGGAUGGUUAGUACCACAGCAAGGUCAGCCGGUGUACCCAAUCACCACAGGAGGAUUCCGUCACCCCUACCCCACAGCUCUGACGGUCAACGCUUCAAUGUCCAGGUUCCCUCCCCAUAUGGUCCCACCACAUCACACUCUACAUACGACCGGCAUCCCCCACCCGGCCAUAGUCACACCAACAGUCAAACAGGAAUCCUCCCAGAGUGACGUCGGCUCACUCCACAGCUCAAAGCAUCAGGACUCCAAAAAGGAAGAAGAAAAGAAGAAGCCCCACAUAAAGAAACCUCUUAACGCGUUCAUGUUGUAUAUGAAGGAAAUGAGAGCAAAGGUCGUCGCCGAGUGCACGUUGAAAGAAAGCGCGGCUAUCAACCAGAUCCUGGGGCGAAGGUGGCACGCACUGUCUAGAGAAGAACAAGCAAAAUACUACGAGCUGGCCCGGAAGGAGCGACAGCUUCACAUGCAGCUGUACCCUGGCUGGUCUGCACGGGAUAACUACGGGAAGAAGAAGAAGAGGAAAAGGGACAAGCAGCCAGGGGAGACCAACGAACACAGCGAAUGUUUCCUAAAUCCUUGCCUUUCACUUCCUCCGAUUACAGACCUGAGCGCUCCUAAGAAAUGCCGAGCGCGCUUUGGCCUUGAUCAACAGAAUAACUGGUGCGGCCCUUGCAGGAGAAAAAAAAAGUGCGUUCGCUACAUACAAGGUGAAGGCAGCUGCCUCAGCCCACCCUCUUCAGAUGGAAGCUUACUAGACUCGCCUCCUCCUUCCCCCAGCCUGCUAGGCUCCCCUCCCCAAGACGCCAAGUCACAGACUGAGCAGACCCAGCCUCUCUCGCUGUCCCUGAAGCCCGACCCCCUGGCCCACCUCUCUAUGAUGCCUCCACCACCUGCCCUCCUGCUUGCCGAGGCCGCCCACGGCAAGGCCCCCGCCCUCUGUCCCAACGGGGCCCUGGACCUGCCUCCUGCCGCUUUGCAGCCGCCCAUCAUGCCCUCCUCAUCUGUCGCACAGCCGUCAACAUCUUCCUUACAUUCCCUCAGCUCUCUGGCCGGGGCCCAGCCCCAGCCGCUCUCCCUCGUAACCAAGUCUUUAGAAUAGCUUUAGCUUCGUUCGCCCCAGUUGGUUUGUGUAGUGUUUCAUUUUGCUUUUCUUUAUUUCCCCUCCCUUCGAAAGGUUUGGUUUUGUACUCUUUUAAUUUUGUGCCAUGUGGCUACAUUAGUUAAUGUUUAUCAAGUUCAUUGGUCAAUAUUUGACCCAUUCUUAUUUCAAUUUCUCCUUUUAAAUAUGUAGAUGAGAGAAGAACCUCAUGAUUCUACCAAAAUUUUUAUCAACAGCUGUUUAAAGUCUUUGUAGCGUUUAAAAAAUAUAUAUAUAUACAUAACUGUUAUGUAGUUCGGAUAGCUUAGUUUUAAAAGACUGAUUAAAAAACAAAAAGAAAAAAAAAAAAAGAAGCAAUUUUGAAGCAGCCCUCCAGAAGGAGUUGGUUCUGUAUUAUUUGUAUUAAAUACGAGCUUGCGAACCAAUCAUUUUACAUCUGGUUUUGAAACCAUAAGGGCACGACGAAUGCAGUGCCGUGACUUCUUUUUCUUCUGUGUGAAACAACUUUUAUUGUGAUGUUACUUGUUAUUGUUUAAAUGUACAGAAACAAAGGGUUAAAAUGUGUUAAUAUACCUUGUUCCAUGGUGUUGUUCUUUUGGGGGGAGGGGAUGCUACUCAACAAUUAAUGGAAUCACAACGCUGUUGGGCCAGUAGUAUUUAUUGCUUUAGAGAUUGCUUGUCGAACCUGUAUGUCAUCCCUUUUAAAAUAUGUUUUCCUUUUUUCUUGAAACUGUAUAAAAUUUUUUUCCCCUUAGCAUCAGCAUCUUAUAUAUAACAACUCAUUUGUACAAGGUUUUUAAGUUUAUAUAUAAAAUGUGUAUAUAUAUAUUUUUUGUUUCCCUUUUUGACUUUUUUUUUUCCCCUGUAUGAAACCCAGAUGCCGCCAAAUGGACAUGAAUAGUUGCAUUAAAGGAUCAGUAGCAUUAACAAAAGUUGCUUUAAAAGCCAUUAUGUAAAACAAGACUUGAAAUUUAGUGAGGGAAUUUUAGCGACGCUGUACGAGCAGCAGUGGGAACCAUCCUGUUUCCCCUUUGAACUCGCAGUCGACUGUCCUACACCCUUCAGGAUGUGGACUGACUGUGUGCAAAACUUUACGUGCCAAAAUUCUCAGUGACUUUAGCUUUCUCCCUCUUUUUGAUGCUGUAAUUUUUGUUCAUCAUGUUUUGCUGUGAUGUUACAUAGGUAGAUUUGUAUGUAGUUUUAACGUCACCUAUAACAAGAUGUGUUUGGUAGCAGAUUGUCCAGAAAGCAUUUUAAAUGAAGAGGUAUAAACCCUUAAGGGCCAAAAUUCUGUAUAUUAGAUUACUCUUAAAGGAAAAACCAGCUGCCGCUUUUAUGUACACGUACGACAUACAAGUAGGUAGCAGACUUUAAAAAUAAAAAAAACCUAGGCAUGUUGAUGUUGCAAAAUGCUGUAUAAAGCUGAAACCUGUUCAUUCAGUGCCAUUGUAGUUGACAUGAAGCGAUUGUAAAACUGUCUCCGAUUUUUCUCUGGUUUAUUAAGAUGCUAACUAUAACAUUUUUUGUGAAUACUUUGAAUGUUUCCUAACAGUUGUGAUGUUACUGUUCCGUUUUAUGCUCUUAUUCCAAUUUCAUUUUUAAUGGUUUGGAAGCCAUUUUUGUAAUGAAUAAAUGUUCAUGCUGUACAGUAUCUGUAGCAUGCCGUGCUGGAUUAAUAAAAGCAACUUAGUGUGUGCACAUGAA